AUGACGUCUCGUCGGUAUCCUAUGAUGCUUGGGUGGGUGGGUGGCAGCAUUGAGGACCGGGCAGAAUUCCUUGAGCCUCCUCCAUGUCAUCCUCGUCUAUUCAUUGCCCCUCCCUAUCCCAAACGAAUGCUCUUCUACACCUUCUCCAUUGUCCAGGAAGGGGGCUCGCAGCCCUUCACGCAUCCUUCGGAAACAACGGGCAGAGCGAGCAUCCAAGACGCUUUCCCUCACCAGCCCGCACAGUUCCAGCCUCGCACCGACUGGUCUCACUGGCCGCACGCAGGUCCCGGCCUUUUGUCUGUGAGUGACUCGGAGGAGGAGAUCAGUGCGAAGAUAGCGCGAUCCGCUGCCAGCCCAUCUGCAGCAUUUGAGAACGGAGCCAAGGUCGGCCAUCGCGACUGGCACAAGCAACAAGUCGACCUCUGGCACCUCUUUCAGGCGAUCCAAGGUCAGAAGCCGCCCCAACGAACCGACCUCGUUCCAUUCCUGUCGUUGAUCCAGUCCGGCUUGGAGAGUCAGGUCGGAAUCAUGCGGAAGCACAUCUGCCUCACCGACGAUGCCCUGUUGGCCAACCCUGCACCUAGCGAACGCGGCCACUGUUCAUCCUUCCCCGCGGGAACACAUAUGGUGAAUGGAGACUUCACCAUGGGUUUCUCCUCUCUCAUCGCUUUCAAGGAAGAAAUGUUCAACCGCCGCUUCUUCAUCGGCUUCUACGACAUGGUUGACACCACCUGCGGUUCCAUUAUCUGGGACCGCCCCUGUGGACACCUCUACAUCUACGACACUGAUGGGAAAGCUCAUAGUACGAAUCGGGAGAGUCGGCUUCGACUCGUUACCAUCGCAUUCAGGCAGAUCCUGACCUGGAGUGGAAUGCCGUUCAACUUCGAAGUAUGCUCGCCACCACUCACGCCAGAGCCCGAACGUUGGAACACCGGCUUCAAUUGGACGGCCAUGUCCGGCUAUCUUGCCACGACCAUGUUGAUUUUCGGCAUCCGCGGACUCUUUGGCAUAAGCUACAGUACUCUUCCCAGGAGUAAUAAACAUGGCAGUCUCGAAAUCGACGGCAAAGGAGGCCCUUCAACACUUAGUUUCGAGCUUCGUCAUCGUGACUGGCAUGUCCAGCCUUGGCGCAACGGUACAGAGGACCUUCUCAAAGCAAUCCGCAGGAACAGUCUUAUGCUUCAAGCCAUCAUCAUGGACCAGCUCGGAAUCAAGGACCUCAAGUUUCUCGACACAACAGGCACGGUGGUCAAGUUGACGGACUUGGCUGAUGGCGAGAUGGCUUACUUCCCACAAUCACCCACCACUAUUGAAAGCAGUGUCGACGACAUCUACACCAACUUUGGCGGAGCCCAGUACGUGACUUUCGGUUCAACCAAAGUCCUCCCUGGUACCAGAUUUGGGCGCCUUAUCCAGGUGCCAACCCCAGUGCCAACGCUGGCCACUCCCAGCAUGCCUCACUCCCGACCAGACGUUCCAUUUCCCCGCCCGCUUGUUCCCAUUUCUCUCACCACCUGCUGGCGCUUUCUCCAACGAGGGGCUAUCAUGGGCCGAGAAAUCCCCCUGCACGGUUCGGAGCAGAUACUGCCACUCUUGGAGAAUCAACCAACAGGACUUGGAGGUGCUGUGCCGGCCCCGGAAAUCGAUGGCGCGCUCUGGGUGCUCAUGGAUGAAAAGACCAUCAGCCGUCAGCAUGAUGCAGCGCAGCAAUAUGAGGAUGCUCCCGGUGCGAAAGAACUCGUUCUUGGAAUCUCAGAGUCGCUCGACCUGCAGCCUCUGAGUAUCACGACCUUGUACAUGCCGACCUCGAGAUCGUACGAAACCUUUACUCUGAGUGGACUGGUGGGCGAGAAGGACUGGGACAGGGUGAUUGAGGAGGUGUGCGACGCUACGGCGGAGUAA